UACACACGUAUCACCGAAAAACUCUACGAAAAGUCGCUUCGUGAUACGAACUUCAUGAGCAUGGACGACAGCUGGCAGGAGAAACUGUCGUGCCCCAGCUUGUGGAAGGACAAGAUCGGCAUGCCGGUCGUCCCGAUGCCCCUGAGCGUGGCCAGCAACACGACGGACAAGCUGGACUUGGCGCCCACGCCCUGGCACCGCGUCUUGGACAUGAUCAGCGUGGCGUACGCGUACUGCACCCACGACCGCGACGACGAUGCGAUCGCUCUUCUCAGGGACUGCUAUUUCUACAUUCUGCCGCAGCCCUUCUGUCAGCACGAGUGUGCCUUACUCAAGGAGUACCGCCCCGCCAUGCGACACGUGCUGGACUCCUUCUGGGCCGUCAUGGAGUGGUGCCGGACGCGGUCCACGCCGCCCAUGCUGCGCGCCUUCGUCAGCAACAUCACGCCCUUCAAGAAGCUGAGCCCGGACCUGCAGGCCGCAGUGCACGCCAUCCACGCGGGGGUCAGCAAGUUGCAGCACGACGUCUCUCUCACCUAUUUAGACCUGAGCAUAAUGAUCAGCCGGCGCGAGGGCGAGUGGCACUGGAUGAAGGGCAACAACGAUUUCUGCGGUGGUUCGGCCGUGGAGCACUUGCGGAAGGCCCACCGCCUGCGCCCGGGGCCCCACACUGCUCUGACCCUGGCCGAGAAGCUGCCCUUGGACAAGUGCCGCGCCGAGGCUGUGGAACUGCUGGGUGAAGCCCUGCGCCUCUACCCCGACCACCCCUACGUGCUGAGCCACGCCGGCGACGUGCUGGUUCGGGUCCAUGGCGUCACCAAGACCAUGGUGGCCGAGGCGGAGCGCCUCUUGCUGCGCUGCAGGGCUGCCGUCGGGGACCGCUGCUACCUGCGCCUCAGGCUGGGCGCGCUGUGCAAGCGGCAGGGCGGAAGAGAGGCCGAGGCUGAACGCCACUUUGAGGAGGCUUGCCGACUCAAUCCAGCAGACGCCGCGUCCAUUCGUCUGUUCUACAUGGGGGACAAGUCCGGGACCGUGUCUCUCGAUUCCCUGCUGAAGAAGAAGAAGAGUUUCCUGUAGCGACUGCAACUAUUUUGAACUUGGCGGUUCUGGCCAUCAGUUUGCACUUGCACAGUAUCUCUAGCUUCUCUAGGAUUUAUUUUAAUUUUUUUCAUUGACUGUAAUAUUCUGUGACUGGAAUCAUGAUAUAUACUUAAACUGAAGCGACUUGUAUUCAAUUUAAGACACUUCUGUGUUAAUUACAUUGUGUGAAACAAAAG